AUGGACACCAACGCGCUUAUCGAUAUCGUCCACGAGGUGCAGGGCCAACUUUGGGUCGACAAGGUGAACGAGACUCACAGAACGGGCCGUCUCUGCCAGUGGGUGUCGACUUUCCAUCCCGACAAGCUUCCCUGCCAACUCGACGGUACAUUUCACCAUGGCGCAUUUAAUGCCGGCAUGAAGAUGGUCUUUAGCGACAGCACUGCCUGGAUGGUUCGUUUCCCUCGUGUAGGGAUGGUCUGUGAUGACUACGCCGACGAGAAGGUUUCUAUGGAGGUGACCGCCCUAGGUCUCAUCCACGACAGGACUACCAUUCCUGUUCCAAGAGUCCACGCGUGGGGUCCCGCUACUAGCAACCUACUUGGUCUAGGUCCGUUCAUCAUGAUGGACUUUAUUGACGGUGUGAGCCUUAGCGACCUUCUCCAGGAUCCUAACGCCGAGCGCUCUACUAGACUCAUGAGGGAGGACAUCAGCGAUAGUGAUAUUGAAGUUAUCUACAGGCAGUUGGCGAAUUUUCUGCUUCAGCUCUUCAAGCUCGAUUUUGACCGGAUCGGCAGCCUGCCGUCGCCAAGGGCUAAAGCCCAAAGCCCUACAUCGAGACGGCCGCUAACAUUCAAGGCACAUAGCAUCCUACAAAAUGGAGGAGUUGACACCUUCGGUGACCGAAGCCAUGGGUUUGCGACGACGACCGAGUAUUUUCAAUAUAUCGUCGGGCAAGACUGGGAGCAGCUCGUUCACCAGCCGAACUCGACUGUUGGUUUAUAUGAUGCUAAGAACAAAUAUGUGGCGUUCAAGGUCCUAAAAUCCCUGAUAAGUGACCUGGUCAACGCGAAGUAUGACCGUUGCAAGUUUAAGCUGAUUUGCGACGAUCUCGGCUUGGCGAAUCUGAUAGUCCGAGGCAGGGAAGACCUCACUGUCGUCGGAGUAGUGGACCUCGAGUGGUCUUACAUCGGACCCGCCCAGUUGUUUGGCUCGGCACCGUGGUGGCUUCUCCAAGACAGACCUGUCAACAGCGCGUGGGACUGUAAGGGCGACGAGCCGCCGCCCAAGAUUGCCGCCCGGUACUCCAAGUGUCUAGAGAUUUUCAUACGUAUCCUAGAGGAGGAAGAGGCAAAAAUGCCAGGGCACAAAGAGAAAGAGCUCUCUAGUCUCGUCAAGUGGUCGCAAGCCUCCGGGGCAAUGUGGCUACACAUGCUCCUCUCAUCCGGUUUCAACGAUCAUCGCAGCUUCCCUUUUACGCAGCUACGCCGACAUUUAGGAGCUACUGAGUGGGCGAAGCGUGAGAAGGAAUUUGACAAUGCAGAAGAGCUUGAUGCAUUUGCUGCGCGGAAGAUGAGCGAGUUGGAUGAAUACGAUAAAGCCUUAGAGAAGAGAGAAAAGGACAAAGCGCUCGUGGAUAGCGGGAAGAUGACAAAGGAAGAGUUCAUCACUAACGCUUUGACCGAGCCCGGUUGUCCCCUCUCUUCCUCGUUGUCCUUGGUCAACGAUGAGUUGAGAAACGAGGGGUUGCCCUAUAAGGUGGCUGUCCGGCUCGGCUUGCGAGCCGUAGAGCCAAGACGGGCCGCAAGGAUAGGAUGA